AUGUCCCGCUCGAUGUCUGCAGAGGUGAACUUCUGGUUGGACAGGAUGUGCUGGAGCCUCGACUGCUCCUGUUUCAGGGUCUCCACCUGCAGACCUGCAAGGGACAAAAUAAAUGGAGACAUUAGACGACAACUGUUCAGCAUUUCAAGAGUAGCAAUUGCUAGUAGUCUUCCAACGGCCAGUUACAGGACCAGGGCUUGUAUUAAAAAAACGGUCUAAGGCAAAACUGAUCCUAUAUCAGCACUGCUGCUACUGAGCAAAGAUUUAACAUGUUACAAGGAACACCAUUCCGCCAGGGGAUUUCUCAGCGGUGUAAAAUACUUAAGUUUUACUUUAAAGUAUUUGUACUUAAGUAGUUAUUUUGGAGUGUCUGUACUUAACUUUUACUUCACUAAAUUCCUUAAGAAAAUAAUGUAUUCCCCCCCACACCCAAAAGUACUCGUUACAUUUUAACAGGAAAAUUGUCCAAUUCACACACUUAUCAAGAGAACAUCCCUGGUCAUCCUUACUGUCUGAUCUGGCAGACUCACUAAACAAAUACUUCGUUUGUAAAUGUCUGUUGGGGUGUGCCCCUGGCUAUCCAUAAAUUAAAGAGAAAAUUGUGCCAUCUGAUUAGCCUAAUAAGGAAUUUGAAAUGACUUACUUUUGAUACUUAAGUAUAUUUAAAAUAAAACACUUUUAUUAAAAUCAUAUUUUACUGGGUGACUUUCACUUGAGUCAUUUUCUAUUAAGGAAUCUUUACUUUUACUCCAGACAAUACUUUCUCCACUACAGAUUUUUACCUGAUGCUUUCAGCUCCUCAGACAGUCCUGAGGCUUUGUUCUCCAAGGUGGCUUUGAACGACAUCACCUCAUUGCGAUAGCUCUUAAGCUUCUGCAGGUCUGUGGACAGUUUCACUUUCUCCACUCGUUUGGAUUCCAAUCUAUCCUGCUCAACAAGAAAUAGUUAUUAAAAAAAUAAAACAUCCAAGCCUCCAUGUUCCAUCCAAAAGGAAUCAGUACAGUUACUGUACUCAACAGCUUAAACUGGACCUAGAGCUAUGAUGCUGUCGCAGUACGUCAAUGACCAACGUCCUUAUGGAUUCAAAGUGAGUGACUAACCAUUUGACUUUCUUUCUCCAUCCGCGCAACCUUGUCACUCAGCAUCCUGUACUUCUCCUCCAUUGACACCAGAAGAUCUUUGUCCACACUGUACAGUUUCUCUAUGGAAAUAGGUUAGAGUUUUACUUUGCGGUUAUUACAUAUGGCAUGUUACUAAUAUUCACUUUGUACAGCGAUGUCAGUCACCACUGCUUACUUAAAUUAGCGAGAUAUUCAUUGUCCUCUUCUUCAAAUGUGUCUGCUCCUUGCAUGAACUUGUGGUAGGUUUCAGCACUGUAGUCAUGAAAGAGCUUGAGACGGAGGGGGUAUAAAAGUAGUGUUAACUAGAGGCCUAACCGGUUUCCUAAAUGGCUGUGUUGAGUAAGAUAACACCAGAGGCCCAACAUCGCAAAUCUUCCAGGAACGCUCCCGAAGCAGACCAAACCGGGAUUUGGGAAGGCAAUGAGCGAAGUGAAAUUCUUCCUUAGAUGUGAAUUUUCUCGAUUUCUAAAAAGGCACAACCUAGAUUCGAGCUAACGUCUUUAGCUGAACAUGUUAUUACUCCAACCGCAAAGGUGACAAAUCAACACAUUUUGAUUCGUCAAAAUUCAUCGAAAGCGUGCCGUGAUUUGACGGCAUGCACAUGCGCAGGUCGAUGCGACACGACCAUUAGACGAAUGACGUUUUUUUGCGCACAAGCUUAGCUGAUGUCGCCUACAAGCGUGAUCAGGGAUUUCUACUGGAGAAACAGUUUAGGCAUCUUCAUGCUAAACCAUCUUUGAUAACACUACCUUGCCGAACUCAAUACCCUCCUCGAUCUCCGUGCUGCCAUCAGAAUUGGAGAAGAGCAUGUCCUGUUGUUCAGCCAUGCUGCAAAAUAUCUGCAAAAUACAGUGUGCAUGACAUCUUGGUGAUCAUUAUCGAUGUUCUUGAAGGAGCAACAGGUCACAUUUUAGCCACUGCUUAGCGGAGGUGGGAGCAAGUCACGAUUAGUCAAGUCACAAGCAAUUCUCAAGUUGAGUCCCAAGUAGAACGGGUCAAUACUCAAGUCAAGUCCAACUCGUGCAUUCUAAGAGCAAGUCAAGUCACAAGUUUCCAAAUCAAGUCAAGUAAAAUAAAAACUUAUACAUGCAACGACUUGUCCAACAACAAAUCUUUGUCUAUUUAUUGAGGCUACCAGACGUCCCUUUUCAUUAUUUUGUCUACUCCAAUUGUAAAAUAGGGACCUUGUAGCAGUCAUAAGGGCAUGAAGUCAGCAGAAAACAAGGCAGGUUGACGUGCUCAGAGUGUAGAUUUAUUUACAGGUCUUGGUGAGCCAAUGGUGAAAGCGCCAUAUAAUACAAAAUAUACAAGUAGAUUUACCAAAUAUACACGGGCAAGAGCCCAAAAUAAAUUGCCUCUCAGGCUUAACCUGUCCUAUCUGAUUGAACAAAGGUAAAGGGCAAGACUGUACAGCCCGAAUCUGUCUAACAGGAGCUCAAACAGAUAGGCAUACAUAAUAAGCGCUUGGCCCCCAGGACCAUACAAUUCCAACCAAUAAACUGGUUCUACAAUGGAAAAGGAAUUUUUUACAUCCAUUGAUACAUUACUCUUAAAAUCAGAUGUAAUUAUUUUUAAUGCCAUUUCACCACCACACAUACAUGGAACAAUCAUUAUCUUAUUCAACAUUCUGACGCCAAAGCGUUCUAUGCGCACCGAGGCGCGAGCUCCUAUUACCCACAACGAAAAUGACAGCAACAUAGGCACACGGAACUCCGACAUACCCCGGAAAAUGUGAACAAAGGAAACCAUACAUUUAAUUAAAUAAACAGCACUUCUACCUCAUGAGUCUUGCAAACGUUCAUGUGCACUAUAAAAACAUUGCGUCCACUCAGAGCAGGGUAAGAAAUGGUUGGCUAAAUGAAAAUGUAUCAUAAGCCUAUCAAACAUGAAACCGAAAUGUCCAUGUGUUGCAAUAAACAGUAUGGAAUGAUACGCUAUCAAUUAUUUUAGUAUUAAAUUGAAUGUAGAUUUACCACAUAGGGCCUGUGCAUUUAAACAUUUCAACAAGAGAAAAAGCACUCCACUUGCAGGAAUUCUGAGAUUCUUCCCACAGUAGGCUAAUCAUUCAUUUUAACAAAUUCCAAAUGCAAGCUUCAUAAGUAAAUCAUAAAUUUCAAGUAAUUGUUACACACCAAAAGACCAGUAGUCCUAUGCUAGUAAUUGUUGCCCCAUUGCUGGGGAGCUUGCAAAGUAAACUUUAUAUUAUUGAUCACCAACAUUUUUUAGUACUGCAUAUUUAUUUAUGUCAAUCCUCUCUCACUACAAUUUGACAUUUGAGCUGCACCCGAGCCUAUAGCUGUACAGCAAAUCAGCAAUCUGUUCGCUAGCUCAUCCAACCUGUGUUGAUUGACAGUUUGCUAGUCCAUUCAGUGCCGAGUGUGCGUUUCACUAGCCAAUCUGUUGCAACCGUCUCUCGCUGUGUGUAGAGUAAUCCACAUAGACUCUGCCACGAAAUGAGUGCCAAAACACUACAAAACCUGGCCAGAUAAUGUCAAGUCAGUCUCAAGUCAAAUAUGGAAAGUUGUUUAAACUGGCCAGAAAAAAAGAAGGGCAUGUAUGUAUGUAUCUAAUUGGUUUACCUCAGUCAUUACUACUGGUAGGUUAUUGACAUUUGACACUAAUUGCAGGUGGAAUUGUCACAUGUAGAACCUUAAGAGGUCAUCUCCUACUGGGCUGUCUAAUACCCACCUUCAAAGUAUCAAUGAGCCAGAUCAGAGCCCCCAACACCUGUGGCCAGGUAUGUGGAGCUCCCACAGAGAACAUGGAACUUUUAGAGAGUGGAAAUGGAUACCUGCCAGCAGAGAGAUAGUUGUCAGUAGACAUGAACCUGCUAGCAUGCAAACAUGUAGAAAUUGUCAGUUGAUGUUUGCAUCACAUUAUUUCAAAAUUAUUGAUUUACCCCAAGUCUUUGAGAAUCCUGGGGACCUCUUCCUCCACUUUGGAGGUUGGCAUCUGGAAGGUGGGAUCAAUGAGGCAGUAGAGGAACUCAAAGAUCCGCAGGAACUCCUUGGUGGAGGGACCCUGGAGAGACUUUACUGACACUAUACCAGGAAACCCCUUCUCUAUCAGAAACUAGGGAGAACAAGGGGGAAAUCAUUUGUGCUAUGAGGAAUUCUGUUUAAAAACCUGUAUUAUGAGUUAGAUAUACAGUGAGGGAAAAAAGUAUUUGAUCCCCUGCUGAUUUGUACAUUUGCCCACUGACAAUGAAAUGAUCAGUCUAUAAUUUUAAUUGUAGGUUUAUUUGAACAGUGAGAGACAGAAUAACAACAAAAAAAUCCAGAAAAACCCAUGUCAAAAAUGUUUAUAAAUUGAUUUGCAUUUUAAAUGAGGGAAAUAAGUAUUUGACCCCCUCUCAAUCAGAAAGAUUUCUGGCUCCAAGGUGUCUUUUAUACAGGUAACGAGCUGAGAGGAGUGCUCCUAAUCUCAGUUUGUUACCUGUAUAAAAUACACCUGUCCACAGAAGCAAUCAAUCAGAUUCCAAACUCUCCACCAUGGUCAAGACCAAAGAGCUCUCCAAGGAUGUCAGGGACAAGAUUGUAGACCUACACAAGGCUGGAAUGGGCUACAAGACCAUCGCCUAGCAGCUUGGUGAGAAGGUGACAACAGUUGGUGCGAUUAUUCGCAAAUGGAAGAAACAGAAAAGAACUGUCAAUCUCCCUCGGCCUGGGGCUCCAUACAAGAUCUCACCUCGUGGAGUUGCAAUGAUCAUGAGAACGGUGAGGAAUCAGCCCAGAACUACAUGGGAGGAUCUUGUCAAUGAUCUCAAGGCAGCUGGGACCAGUCACCAAGAAAACAAUUGGUAACAUAGUACGCCGAGAAGGACUGAAAUCCUGCAGUGCCCGCAAGGUCCCCCUGCUCAAGAAAGCACAUAUACAGGGCCAUCUGAAGUUUGCCAAUGAACAUCUGAAUGAUUCAGAGGAGAACUGGGUGAAAGUGUUGUGUUCAGAUGAGACCAAAAUCGAGCUCUUUGGCAUCGACUCAACUCGCCGUGUUUGGAGGAGGAGGAAUGCUGCCUAUGACCCCAAGAACACCAUCCCCACCGUCAAACAUGGCGGUGGAAACAUUAUGCUUUGGGGGUGUUUUUCUGCUAAGGGGACAGGACAACUUCACUGCAUCAAAGGGACAAUGGACGGGGCCAUGUACCAUCAAAUCUUGGGUGAGAACCUCCUUCCCUCAGCCAGGGCAUUGAAAAUGGGUCGUGGAUGGGUAUUCCUGCUUGAAAAUGACCCAAAACACACGGCCAAGGCAACAAAGGAGUGGCUCAAGAAGAGGCACAUUAAGGUCCUGGAGUGGCCUAGCCAGUCUCCAGACCUUAAUCCCAUAGAAAAUCUGUGGAGGCAGCUGAAGGUUCGAGUUGCCAAACGUCAGGCUCGAAACCUUAAUGACUUGGAGAAGAUCCGCAAAGAGGAGUGGAACAAAAUCCCUCCUGAGAUGUGUGCAAACCUGGUGGCCAACUACAAAAAACGUCUGACCUCUGUGAUUGCCAACAAGGGUUUUGUCACCAAGUACUAAGUCAUGUUUUGCAGAGGGGUCAAAUACGUAUUUCCCUCAUUAAAAUGCAAAUCAAUUUAUAACAUUUUUUACAUGUGUUUUUCUGGAUUUUUUGUUGUUGUUAUUCUGUCUCUCACUGUUCAAAUCAAAUUUUAUUGGCCACAUGCGCCGAAUACAAUAGGUGUAGACAUUACAGUGAAAUGCUUACUUACAGCCCUUAACCAACAGUGCAUUUAUUUUUAAUAAAAAAGUAAAAUAAAGCAAAAAAUUGUUGAGAAAAAAAGAGCAGAAGUAAAAUAAAAUAACAGUAGGGAGGCUAUAUAUACAGGGGGGUACCGGUGCAGAGUCAAUGUGCGGGGGCACCGGCUAGUUGAGGUAGUUGAAGUAAUAUGUACAUGUGGGUAGAGUUAAAGUGACUAUGCAUAAAUAAUAAACCUACCAUUAAAAUUAUAGACUGAUCAUGUCUUCGUCAGUGGGCAAACGUACAAAAUCAGCAGGGGAUCAAAUACUUUUUUCCCUCACUGUACCUCACACAGCUGUCUGAUACAUUGCUGAACGAAGGCCUUAUCGUGUAAGGGCCGGGGAUCCUUCACUUUAUCUGCACCUCCAAAGGCACUGUCGCGAGCCAUGCCAGCACCACUGGUCCUGAAGAGAGUUAAUCAGAUCAUUAGUAUGCAACCAUAUGGAAAUGCUACCAAGAGCUCUUAGUGACUGACUAUAUGCAAAUUGACAGGCUCUCCAUCAAAUAGUUUUGUAUUACUCCAAUAUGUAGUCGUCUAGUUGGGCAGUGCAAGAGAGGUCUUCCAUGGUGAUGAGUACGUAUCUAUAACAGUCAUCUGACAUACCAUUCUAAGGUAGUAUGUGGGACUUACCGACUUCCAAAAAAGCUGGUUCUCUCAGAUGUUCCAGAUUGGGGUUUAGGAAUGUUCAACUUUCCGAAGGCUGGUUGUUUGCUGUAGUUAAACAAAUAUCCACAUAAGUCUUAUCAUUGCAAAGACAUAGCAAUUGUACCUAUUUGAAGCAGCGCCAAGGCCGCCAACUUACCCCUGAGGUGUUGCAUCAACCAUGCUCAUUCGGUUGCUGUGGGUCACCCUCUGAGGGGCCUCCGAGAGCCUACUGCUGGAUGCUCGGCUCAUCCUUGUUCUGAAUUAAGACAUACACUAUAAGAAACAGUCCAACUCUACAAGCUAACCACCAUAUAAUUACAUGGGGUCUCUGUGCUAAUAACCACAUAGGCCCAUUGGUAGACCAAAUUCAUAACUAGCAAGUUAAUUUUGAAGGAGACUAGCAAGCAAGCCAUACCUUUCAUUGUGCUAAUAUUUUUGUAGUUAGUAGUAGCCAUCCAAAGAGAAUAGUUUGCUAUCUAUAUCCCGAGCCGUCACUCAGUUCUCUUGACGAGGCAUUAUCACUCAAAUAUUAAUUUGACAAACUACACAUUUACAUUAUUGAUACCUUUUAAAAAGACAGGCACUGCAUUAUAAUAGUAAAUAUUAACUGAAAUAUAAAUGAAACAUAAACAAAAUCAGGGAGGUCUGAUUCACUAUGAUUGUACUGCAAAAGCCUUUCCAAAGACAAAAAUCUGUAACCUGAAAACAAAAUCCAUUGCAGUCACAUAAAACAAUCAUAAACCUUUUGAAUACUGUCAGUCAAAUAAACACUGAUGCAACUAAAGUAACAUACAUUUUCAAAACAACCACACCCCAAACAAUUCCCCAGAGCAUGGUCACAAAUUGGUUGCCCUCACAAAAUAGACUUGCACAAACAGACCCUGGUUCAAUGAAAGUCAAUGAACUAAGUAUACCAGACCCAGAUGCUAUUGCAUUGGUGUCUAUGGGAGACACACCCAGUUAAGUAGACCAGAACUCCUAUUUUUUUCAAUGGUAUACAGCCAGCAUGAACUCUUCAUUUUUCCAACAUCUUUGGUAACACCACACAGACUUACACACUAGACUUUCAGUACAGCACUGGUUGGUCCUCCUGUGGCUAUCACCAGCAACUGACUAGGGGUGCUUUUAUGUCUUCCUGGCUGUCCACUAAUAAGGGUCCCCAGGGAAACACUGACAACAACUGGGGUUCCUACCUUGUCACGCUGCCUUUAAAUGGCUAGAGAAUAGCUAGACAAGUCUAUUGGUUUCUAUGUAGCGUUCCAGUUCCACUUUUUUGCAGUCCUAUGUCCUGUUUUAAAACCUGUUGAUUGUUUUUUUAAUAUGUUUUUUUAUUUUUUUUAGGGGGUAGGUCAGCUUUAAUAUUGGCAGAUAGAUUGUAACUUCCAUCAAUGUAAUUGUCUGCAUCAGUCCCACUCCCCCAUAUAUUUUUUUCCUGCAAAUAUAUAUAGACAUUAACACAUAAUGCAUAUAAACCAUAAAUUAUAAAUACUCUUACAUUACACACAUUAAGUACCAGUCAAAAGUUUGGACACACUCCUCAUUCCAAGGGUUGUCUUUAUUUUUACUCUAUUUCUACAUUGUAGAAAUAAUAGUUAAUACAGAAAAACUAUGAAAUAACAUUCAGUGGGAAAAACGUAUUUCGGUCAGCCACCAAUGUGCAAGUUCUCCCACUCAAAGAUGGAGGAGGCUGAAUUUUCAUCAUAGGUACACGUCAACUAUGACAGACAAAAUGAGAUUCUUUUUCCAGAAAAUCACAUUGUAGGAAUUUUUAUGAAUUUAUUUGCAAAUUAUGGUGGAAAAUAAGUAUUUGGUCAAUAACAAAAGUUUCUCAAUACUUUGUUGUAUACCCUUUGUUGGCAAUGACACAGGUCAAACGUUUUCUGUAAGUCUUCACAAGGUUUUCACACACUGUUGCUGGUGUUUUGACCCAUUCCUCCAUGCAGAUCUCCUCUAGAGCAGUGAUGUUUUGGGGCUGUCGCUGGGCAACACAGACUUUCAACUCCCUCCAAAGAUUUUCUUUGGGGUUGAGAUCUGGAGACUGGCUAGGCCACUCCAGGACCUUGAAAUGCUUCUUACGAAGCCACUCCUUCGUUGCCCGGGCGGUGUGUUUGGGAUCAUUGUCAUGCUGAAAGACCCAGCCACGUUUCAUCUUCAAUGCCCUUGCUGAUGGAAGGAGGUUUUCACUCAAAAUCUCACGAUACAUGGCCCCUUUCAUUCUUUCCUUUACACGGAUCAGUCGUCCUGGUCCCUUUGCAGAAAAACAGCCCCAAAGCAUGAUGUUUCCACCCCCAUGCUUCACAGUAGGUAUGGUGUUCUUUGGAUGCAACUCAGCAUUCUUUGUCUUCCAAACACGACGAGUUGAGUUUUUACCAAAAAGUUAUAUUUUGGUUUCAUCUGACCAUAUGACAUUCUCCCAAUCCUCUUCUGGAUCAUCCAAAUGCACUCUAGCAAACUUCAGACGGGCCUGGACAUGUACUGGCUUAAACAGGGGGACACGUCUGCACUGCAGGAUUUGAGUCCCUGGCGGCAUAGUGUGUUACUGAUGGUAGGCUUUGUUACUUUGGUCCCAGCUCUCUGCAGGUCAUUCACUAGGUCCCCCCGUGUGGUUCUGGGAUUUUUGCUCACCGUUCUUGUGAUCAUUUUGACCCCACGGGGUGAGAUCUUGCGUGGAACCCCAGAUCGAGGGAGAUUAUCAGUGGUCUUGUAUGUCUUCCAUUUCCUAAUAAUUGCUCCCACAGUUGAUUUCUUCAAACCAAGCUGCUUACCUAUUGCAGAUUCAGUCUUCCCAGCCUGGUGCAGGUCUACAAUUUUGUUUCUGGUGUCCUUUGGCAGCUCUUUGGUCUUGGCCAUAGUGGAGUUUGGAGUGUGACUGUUUGAGGUUGUGGACAGGUGUCUUUUAUACUGAUAACAAGUUCAAACAGGUGCCAUUAAUACAGGUAACGAGUGGAGGACAGAGGAGCCUCUUAAAUAAGAAGUUACAGGUCUGUGAGAGCCAGAAAUCUUGCUUGUUUGUAGGUGACCAAAUACUUAUUUUCCACCAUAAUUUGCAAAUCAAUUCAUAAAAAAUCCUACAAUGUGAUUUUCUGGAAUUUUUUUCCUCAAUUUGUCUGUCAUAGUUGACGUGUACCUAUGAUGACAAUUACAGGCCUCUCUCAUCUUUUUAAGUGGGAGAACUUGCACAAUUGGUGGCUGACUAAAUACUUUUUCCCCCCACUGUAUAUGUAAUCAUGUAGUAGCCAAAAAAGUGUUAAACAAAUCAAAAUAUAUUUUAUAUUUGAGUUUCUUCAAAGUAGCCACACUUUGCCUUGAUGACAGCUUUGCACACUCUUGGCAUUCUCUCAACCAGCUUCACCUGGAAUGCUUUUCCAACAGUCUUGAAGGAGUUCCCACAUAUGCUGAGCACAUGUUGGCUGCUUUUCCUUCAUACAGUGGUCCGAUUCAUCCCAAACCAUACCUUAUAUCAGGCCUUUAUUGUAGAGUGGCCAGACGGAAGCUACUCCUCAGCAAAAGGCACAUGACAGCCCGCUUGUAGUUUGCCACAGGCACCUAAAGGACUCAGACCAUGAGAAACAAGAUUAUCUGGUCUGAUGAAACCAAGAUUGAACUCUUUGGCCUGAAUGCCAAAGGUCAGGUCUGGAGGAAACCUGGCACCAUCCCUACGGUGAAGCAUUUAUUUCAGCGGCAGGAACUGGGAGACUAGUCAGGAUCGAGGGAAAGAUGAACGGAGCAAAGUACAGAGAGAUCCUUGAUGAAAACCUGCUUCAGAGCGCUCAGGACCUCAGACUGGGGCGAAGGUUCACCUUCCAACAGGACAACGACCCUAAGCACACAACCAAGACAGCGCAGGAGUGGCUUUGGGACAAGUCUCUGAAUGUCCUCGAGUGGCCCAGCCAGAGCCCGGACUUGAACCCGAUCGAACAUCUCUGGAGAGACCUGAAAAUAGCUGUGCAGCGCCGCUCCCCAUCCAUCCUGACAGAGCUUGAGAGGAUCUGCAGAGAAGAAUGGGAGAAACUCCCCAAAUGCAGGUGUGCCAAGCUUUUAGCGUCAUACCCAAGAAGACUUGAGGCUGUAAUCGCUGCCAAAGGUGCUUCAACAAAGUACUGAGUAAAGGGUCUGAAUACUUAUGUAAAUGUGAUAUUUAGUUUUUAUAAAUGUGCAAAAAUGUAUAAAAAUCUGUUUUUGCUUUGUCGUUAUGGGGUAUUGUGUGUAGAUUGAUGAGGUUGAAAAAAACAAUUUAAUCCAUUUUAGAAUAAGGCUGUAGCGUAACAAAAUGUGGAAAAAGUCAAAGGGUCUGAAUACUUUCAGAAUAUACUGUAUAUAAUACAGUACCCAUACUUCCUGCGGCUAUGCCUAAAUGGAAGGAAUUGACACUUGAUUUAGACAUUUUCAUGCUGGUUGUGUGAGCUGGAGGACCUCUCAGGUUUGUUCAGUACUGAACUGGUCAUGCCACGGAAUUACCACCGGCUGGGCACACACUGGUUGAAGCAACGUUGUUUCCACGUCAUUUCAAUGAAAUUACGUUGAACCAACGUGGAAUAGACAUUGAAAUUACUAAAUCAACUGUCAACUCCCCCAUCCAGGACAUGCUGCUAUGGAAAUUAAACACAUAUUUUUCUAAAAUACUUAUCCAGAAAGCCAUGCAAUUUAUUUAAUACUGGCACAAUUUUCCUCGUCCAAUUAAAUUGUACUAUUCUGUUACCCAGGUGGAUUUUCGCUACAAGAACACCCUUGAUAGUUGUCAAUACUAUAAUACCUAUAGUUGUUACUCAGGGAACUGUGGGGGUUCAACCAGAGAAGUGAGACUCCAAAUUGACAGCAGCACCAAUGGGAGGAGUUGGGGAAAUGCCUGGUUUGAAACUGAAACUGUUAUGUCCCCAGUGAUAGACCUCUUAAAAUGUGGUGAGUUAGUAAUUCAUCUGUGAGUUUGUAGAAUUAAAGAUACAACAAAUUGGACAAAUUUGAUUUGUGAGUUCAAUGUUCAAUGAUGCUAUGUGUUGUGUCCAUGUAACAGGGAAGCCAGCUGCUGUUGGAUCUACACAGUAUACUGAAAUCCUAAUAAUUGGAGACUUCUGACACCGAUACUGGUGAAUCCAAUAGAUAUCCAGUCACAGGCAUUCUUCCUUUCAUACGGUAAUUAACAACAUUCUAACUCCCUAUACCUCUUUGAUAACUUCAGAAACAACUAACCUCAUCUGAUCAGGUUGCUCUGUGAUUAAUGUAACAGAAGUAUAAUGUGUUAUAUAUAUAUAUUUUAUUUAUUUAUUUAUUUGCUUAGGUUACUUUUCAUAUUCACUUGGAUUUUUGGGGUUAAGUUUAGAUUCUACCUAAUUCAACUGCUGUAUGUCUGACUGUUUCACUUACACCACAUGGCAAAAAGUAUGUGGACACACCUUCAAAUGAGUGGAUUCGGCCUUGAAUUCUCCAUAGACAAACAUUGGCAGUAGAAUAGCCCGUACUGAAGAGCUCAGUAAAUUUCAACGUGGCACCGUCAUAGGAUGACACCUUUCCAACAAGUCAGUUCGUCAAAUUUCUGCCCUGCUAAAGCUGCCCCGGUCAACCGUAAGUGCUGUUAUUGUGAAGUGGAAGCAUCUAAGAGCAACAACAACUUAGCCUUGGUAGGCCACACAAGCUCACACAACGGGACCACCGAGUGCUGAAGUGCGUAGCACGUAAAAAUUGUUUAUCCUCGGUUCCAAACUCCCUCUGGAAGCUACGUCAGCACAAUAACUGUUUGUCGGUAACUUCAUUAAAUAGGUUUACAUGGCGUUGGCUGGAGUGGUGUAAAGCUUGACGCCAUUGGACUCUGGAGCAGUGGAAAUGCAUUCUCUGGAGUGAUGAAUCACGCUUCACCAUCUGCAGUCAGACGGACGAAUCUGGGUUUGGUGGAUGCCAGGAGAACACUACCUGCCCCAAUGCAUGGUGCGAACUGCAAAGUUUGGUGGAGGAGGAAUAAUGGUCUGGGGCUGUUUUUCAUGGUUCGGGCUAGGCCCCUUAGUUCUAGUGAAGGGAAAUCGUAACGCUACAGCAUACAAUGAAAUUCUACAGGAUCCUGUGCUUCCAACUUUGUGGCAACAGUUUGGGGAAGGCCCUUUCCUGUUUCAGCAUGACAAUGCCCCUGUGCACAAGGCGAGGUCCAUACAGAAAUAGUUUGUUGAUAUUGGUGUGGAAGAACUUGACUGGCCUGCACAGAGCCCUGACCUCAACCCCCAUCGAACACCUUUGGGAUGAAUUGGAACGCCAACUGCAAGCCAGGCCUAAUCGCCCAACAUCAGUGCCCGACCUCACUAAUGCUCUUGUGGCUGAAUGGAAGCAAGUCCCCGCAGCAAUGUUCCAACAUCUAGUGGAAAAUCUUCCCAGAAGAGUAGAGGCUGUUAUAGCAGCAAAGGGAGGACCAACUCCAUAUAAAUGCCCAUGAUUUUGGAAUGAGAUGUACGACGAGCAGGUGUCCGCAUACUAGUAUAUGUCAUUGUAGUGUUCCCCAGAACUGUCAGAGGUCCUACAACCUCAUGGCCUUUGACCCUGAUGGUGAUUGUGUCAGAUGCAGAUAUGAAGUGGCCACAGGAGGCUGCUGAGUGGAUGGCUGGUGUGGAGUGAAUGAGAUGUGGAAACCAUGUGUUUGAUGAGUUUGAUACCAUUCCAUUAUUCCAUUCCAGCCAUUACUAUGCACCCAUCCUCCCCAAUGAAGGUGCCACCAACCUCCUGUGGGAGUGGCCAGAGUCACUGAGUGUGAUAGGUGUGACCAGCCCUCAGGCUUCUACCUGGAUCAGGUAAGUGUUUGCAACCAUGUCCUGGGCUGUGCUGACCUGUCAUUGUAAGACUAACCACAACUCAUUUACAUUCAAUUUAUAUGUGAAGCAUAUUGUGUUUGGUCUCAACCAACUGAAACAUUUUGUGUUAUAACCUCUUCAGUCUAUAGGGCUCUUGCACUACGAUACGGCUACACCUCGACACCUGGUGUCUACCCGUUUGAGCUAGUUGUGGAGGACUUCCCCAACCAACACAUCACCAUGUCUUACACCGAUGGCUGUUGGUCCUCCAGUGCUCCGCUCUAUGCAGGAAGAAGUCGACGUGCUCCCAUCUAACAAACAACCGUCUCCUAUCCCUGGUGGUGGAGUCAGACCCAGACAACAACACCACCUCCCCAAUCAAUCUCUUGGUGGUUGAGAACAACCACAAGAUCCCCCACAACCACAACCAAAGCAGUGAAUACCACUUCCACCCCCUGGUGGUGGACAGCAACCACCACCACCCGCCAACCCGCUUUAGCCAGACCAUGGAGUUCCACCACCACUCCAGGAAGCAUAUAUCCCUUCACUACUCCCCUCAGCAAACUCCCUCUGCAGUUCUCUUUUCUGGGUGAGAAAGAGAAUCUUCUUCUGGUGGUAGAGAAUGCAUUGAUUGGAUGGAGAUAUUUAUUCUACAACAAGCAUGUCAUUUACUUGUUUAUGUUUGUAUUAUUUUCCAAUUCAGUGCUCUUCUGCUAACUUUUGCAAUGAGGGAGUGUACCUAACCAGGUUCGUGCAGCCGACACCACGCAAUGGAGAGCAUCUCCAUGCCGAGGUCAACAAGGAGCUGGAGAUCAGGGUCAACGCACAGGCUACAUUCUCAACGUAAGGGACAACUUACUAAUCUCCAAACAGUCUAAAAACCAAGAGUAAAUCAUACUUCCUACUGAUAUCUCUGAUUGAUUUGGAUUUGUGUGGUUGUCUGUUUUGCCCCCUUGCUAGGAUUAAUGAGGUCAUCAUCAGUGGACCUUAGAACAUCACCAACCACAGGACCACCCAAUAGGAGUUUGUAAUUCAGUGGAGUCCCACUCAAGAUCUGGCAGAACAUUUCCCCAUUUGCUUCAUUGCUGAGGAGGCAUAUGGGUUGGUGUCAUGGCAUCAUGUUUCAUGAUCCUGCAGCAUCACCAGAACUGCUCUGGUACUUCGAUACGUUCUGCUACUUUCUGGUACUUCACUGUAGGCUACAUUCCUCUAGAGCUUCAUGUCUUUUAUUAAAUUGUCAUUUCCCAAUGCAGCUGAGAGAAGUUAUUAUUUGAUGUGGACGUUUCACAAUACAAAUAUGACAUAUUCUGUGUUUUACCCUGAUCUUCUCUUUCAUAUCUGGCAUUUAUCAGUCAGAGCUGAGAUGUGUCCUGAUGGAUGCAGAAAUGGUUUGUAGAUUAUUUUAUGAUCAAGGAUGAUAUGUUGCAGUGUACAUAUGCACCUUAAUAACAGAUAAGUGUGGUUUGCCACGAGACCACAAUUACAGUGGAAGUGGAGAAGUGCUCUAUCACUGGAAUUCAUGAGGACCAUCUCCGUCUCUGCCUGUGACCUCCAACGCCUCUCCAACAGCACCCAUGUCAUCGGAGUCAUCCCCCUCAAUGCCUGUGGCACUCAGAUACAGGUGAGUUUUAACUGAACUGGAAAUAGCAAAUAGCUUAUUAGCAGCAUGAAUUUCUGCUUUGCAGAGGGGGUUAUUGAAUGAACAAUUCUCUUAUGGUUGCAGACCACGAGAUGAAAUUGCAUUGAAUCACAUUCAUUAGAUCCAUUGAUUUACCGGCCGUAGGGCGGGCAGGCUCUAGUGUAAAAUAUUAUAUGGGGAUGAUAGCUACAGUGGCUUGCGAAAGUAUUCACCCCCCUUGGCAUUUUUCCUAUUUUGUUGCCUUACAACCUGGAAUUAAAAAUAGAUUUUUUGGGGGUUUGUAUCAUUUGAUUUACACAACAUGCCUACCACUUUGAAGAUGCAAAACAUGUUUUAUUGUGAAACAAACAAGUAAUAAGACAAAAAAACUGAAAACUUGAGCGUGCAUAACCCCCCCCCCCCCCCCCCCCCCCCCCCCCCCCCCCCCCCCCCAAAGUCUAUACUUUGUAGAGCCACCUUUUGCAGCAAUUAAAGCUGCAAGUCUUUGGGGGUAUGUCUCUAUUAGCUUGGCACAUCUAGCCACUGGGAUUUUUGCCCAUUCUCCAAGGUAAAACUGCUCCAGCUCCUUCAAGUUGGAUGGGUUCCGCUGGUGUACAGCAAUCUUUAAGUCAUACCACAGAUUCUCAAUUGGAUUGAGUUCUGGGCUUUGACUAGGCAUUCCAAGACAUUUAAAUGUUUCCCCUUGAACCACUCGACUGUUGCUUUAGCAGUAUGCUUAGGUUCAUUGUCCUGCUGGAAGGUGAACCUCUGUCCCAGUCUCAAAUCUCUGGAAGACUGAAACAGGUUCCCCUCAAGAAUUUCCCUGUAUUAAUUUCCCUGUAUUUAGCGCCAUCCAUCAUUCUUUCAAUUCUGACCAGUUUCCCAGUCCCUGCAGAUGAAAAACAUCCCCACAGUAUGAUGCUGCCACCACCAUGCUUCACUGUGGGGAUGAUGUUCUCGGGGUGAUGAGAGGUGUUGACGUUUUCCUUGAUGGCCAAAAAGCUAAAUUUUAGUCUCAUCUGACCAGAUUACCUUCUUCUAUAUGUUUGGGGAGUCUCCCACAUGCCUUUUGGUGAACACCAAACGUGUUUGCUUAUUUUUUUCUUUAAGCAAUGGCUUUUUUCUGGCCACUCUUCCGUAAAGCCCAGCUCUGUGGAGUGUACGGCUUAAAGUGGUCCUAUGAACAGAUAUUCCAAUCUCCGCUGUGGAGCUUUGCAGCACCUUCAGGGUUAUCUUUGGUCUCUUUGUUGCCUCUCUGAUUAAUGCCCUCCUUGCCUGGUCCGUGAGUUUUGGUGGGCGGCCCUCUCAUGGCAGGUUUGUUGUGGUGCCAUAUUCUUUCCAUUUUUUAAUAAUGGAUUUAACAUCCGUGGGAUGUUCAAAAUAUCUGAUUUUUUUUUUAUAACCCAACCCUGAUCUGUACUUCUCCACAACUUUGUCCCUGACCUGUUUGGAGAGCUCCUUGGUCUUCAUGGUGCCGCUUGUUUGGUGGUGCCCCUUGCUUAGUGGUGUUGCAGAUUCCGGGGCCUUUCAAAACAGGUGUAUAUAUACUCAGAUCAUGUGACAGAUCAUGUGACACUUAGAUUGCACACAGGUGGACUUUAUUUACAGUGGGGAAAAAAAGUAUUUAGUCAGCCACCAAUUGUGCAAGUUCUCCCACUUAAAAAGAUGAGAGAGGCCUGUAAUUUUCAUCAUAGGUACACGUCAACUAUGAUAGACAAACUGAGAAAAAAAAUCCAGAAAAUCACAUUGUAGGAUUUUUAAUGAAUUUAUUUGCAAAUUAUGGUGGAAAAUAAGUAUUUGGUCAAUAACAAAAGUUUCUCAAUACUUUGUUAUAUACCCUUUGUUGGCAAUGACACAGGUCAAACGUUUUCUGUAAGUCUUCACAAGGUUUUCACACACUGUUGCUGGUAUUUUGACCCAUUCCUCCAUGCAGAUCUCCUCUAGAAGCCACUCCUUCGUUGCCUGGGCGGUGUGUUUGGGAUCAUUGUCAUGCUGAAAGACCCAGCCACGUUUCAUCUUCAAUGCCCUUGCUGAUGGAAGGAGGUUUUCACUCAAAAUCUCACGAUACAUGGCCCCAUUCAUUCUUUCCUUUACACGGAUCAGUCGUCCUGGUCCCUCUGCAGAAAAACAGCCCCAAAGCAUGAUGUUUCCACCCCCAUGCUUCACAGUAGGUAUGGUGUUCUUUGGAUGCAACUCAGCAUUCUUUGUCCUCCAAACACGACGAGUUGAGUUUUUUACCAAAAAGUUCUAUUUUGGUUUCAUCUGACCAUAUGACAUUCUCCCAAUCCUCUUCUGGAUCAUCCAAAUGCACUCUAGCAAACUUCAGACGGGCCUGGACAUCUACUGGCUUAAGCAGGGGGACACAUCUGGCACUGCAGGAUUUGAGUCCCUGGCGACGUAGUGUGUUACUGAUGGUAGGCUUUGUUACUUUGGUCCCAGCUCUCUGCAGGUCAUUCACUAGGUCCCCCCGUGUGGUUCUGGGAUUUUUGCUCACCGUUCUUGUGAUCAUUUUGACCCCACGGGGUGAGAUCUUGCGUGGAGCCCCAGAUCGAGGGAGAUUAUCAGUGGUCUUGUAUAAAUAAAUAUGCCAUUUAGCAGACGCUUUUAUCCAAAGCGACUUACAGUCAUGCGUGCAUUCAUUUUUGUGUAUGGGUGGUCCCGGGGAUCGAACCCACUACCUUGGCGUUACAAGCGCCGUGCUCUACCAGCUGAACUACAGCUUCCAUUUCCUAAUAAUUGCUCCCACAGUUAAUUUCUUCAAACCAAGCUGUUUACCUAUUGCAGAUUCAGUCUUCCCAGCCUGGUGCAGGUCUACAAUUUUGUUUCUGGUGUCCUUUGACAGCUCUUUGGUCUUGGCCAUAGUGGAAUUUGGAGUGUGACUGUUUGAGGUUGUGGACAGGUGUCUUUUAUACUGAUAACAAGUUCAAACAGGUGCCAUUAAUACAGGUAACGCGUGGAGGACAGAGGAGCCUCUUAAAGAAGAAGUUACAGGUCUGUGAGAGCCAGAAAUCUUGCUUGUUUGUAGGUGACCAAAUACUUAUUUUCCACCAUAAUUUGCAAAUAAAUUCAUUAAAAAUCCUACAAUGUGAUUUUCUGGAUUUUUUUCUCUCAUUUUGUCUGUCAUAGUUGACGUGUCUGUACCUAUGAUGAAAAUUAUAGGCCUCUCUCAUCUUUUUAAGUGGGAGAACUUGCACAAUUGGUGGCUGACUAAAUACUUUUUUUCCCCACUGUAACUAAUUAUGUGAUUUCUGAAGGUAAUUGGUCGCACCAGAUCUUAUUUAGGGGCUUCAUAGCAAAGAGGGUGAAUACGUAUGCACGCACCACUUUUCCGUUAUUUAUUUUUUAGACAUUUCUGAAACAAGUUAUUUUUGUUCAUUUCACUUCACCAAUUUGGACUAUUUUGUGUAUGUCCAUUACAUGAAAUCCAAAUAAAAAUCAUUUUAAUUACAGGUUGUAAUGCAACAAAAUAGGAAAAACACCAAGGGGGAUGAAUACUUUUGCAAGGCACUGUAUAUGGAUAUCUCUUUGGGUGAGAUUUAUUCACUCCUGGGUGUUUAUCUGGAUUAUUAAUAUUGAACCUGGUCUAAUGGAAUAUUCUCCCCAAAGACAAACUUGCUUGACUGAUUUUGAAUGGGUUCCCUCAGAGAAAGGGUCAAUACAUAGGGUUUUGAUGAGGAGUGGGCCGGUGUCCUACAAUUCAAAAUCAAAUAGCUAAAUGAUUCAUGGUAUGACCAUCUUAAAACAAUUCCAUAUGUUAUCUUAGUAGAACCCCUCCCAACGGCUUAGACUUUUAGAGGUUAAUGAAGAACCCCUGUUAGGUCACUUCCUGUAAGCAACAGGUGCACUUUUCUUUGUUUAUUAUAAUUUUUCAUUUCGAAGUGCUUGUGGGAAACCAGUAUAAAAAAUAUGUAAAUCAUGAAAAAAGAAAGAAGCAGUACUACAAUGUGACGUCAUCUAUGAAUAUGUAAAUGUCUUUUGAACCCGACAGCAAUUUCUUUUUUUUUUACUACAAACAUUUGAGUUGAGCACGCCAAUUUGUCUUUUUAUGAAUACGAGAUAUGCCAUUAACAGAUUUGUCUGAAUGAAAGAGUAUUAGUAAACGCUGUAAUAUCACUUUUUUUUUACCAGAUGCAAUGUGGACGAGACUGUUCAAAUCUUCUCACCCCUUCAAGAGAGACAUUUCCGGUUCGGAAUGGAAGCUUUCAAAUUCAUCGGAAUGCACAUAAAUGGGGACAGAUUGCUGGAUCAUUCAAUUGUCAUAUCUGGGUGAUACCCUCUCAGUUCAGUUACCUUUGACCUCUCUGGCUGUAGGUGUAUAUCAGCUGUUCAGUAAUCCUGUGUGAGGCUGGGAACCUUAACACCCGGUGCGCCCAGGGCUGCGUGAUCUCCACCUCGCCCCAGUCUGCUGGUCACCACUACUGCAAGAGAGAGGCCCCUAUGUUAACAGCCAUGCACCCCAUCUGCCAGGGUCCUUUGCGCCUGCAAAAGACUUCCGAAAGCUUAGGUAACUAUAGCUGAGGGUAACUAUAGCUCAGGACAAGCUAGAAAUCAAAUGUUGUACUUUGAAUGGUUGAAGUUACAACAGUUCUUAUCUGCAGUCUAGUCCUAACAGGCAUUAGCAUCUCAAGAUACAUCUCAGUCUGGAUGGAAAGGUGUUUUUGUGUUUCGCAAAGAGUUUUGGUGAAAAGGGUGUCUUUCCAGUGACCAACAUGAACAUGAACAUGGUGUUCAUAGCUGGGUGUCUCCUAACAGCUGUUGCCAUGUUGUGCGGAAUGAUCCUCUACAAGGCCAAAGCAACAUGGGUCAAAUACCAGCCGAUUGGAAAUUUAGUAAGAUGACAACCAUCCUUUCACAUGUAGCCUGCAAUAUAUAAAGAAGAAUGAGAGGAAACAUAAUGUCUAUCAUUUGACACAGUGGUCUAUGACUUUUACAACGAAAUGUCAGCCUCUUUGGAUAAUUUUUAGACAUUUAGCAGACACUCUUAUCCUGAGCAACUUACAGUUUGUGCAUACAUUUUCAUACCGAUCCCCCGUGGGAAUCGAACCCACAACCCUGGCGUUGCAAGCGCCAUGCUCUAUCAACUGAGCUACAUGGGACUAGCUCUGAAUCAAUAAAGUAUAUCCAUUCAUCCAUGAACAUACUUAGUGGACACUCCAAAUAACAUGUUUUAAGAGUUAAGUGUUUGUUUCUUAUCAUCAUCUACAGAUGUAGGAUCUUAAUUUGAUCAGGAAAUAUAAAAUGUAUAUGUGUAUUUGAGGUUUAAAAAGGCUUAUGAAAUUUGUAAUUUCCACUUUGAAAUCUCAGACUUGAUUUUCCCUUACAAAAAUGGUAUCAAUCCCUACAAAAAUGUCCAUUAAUUAUAAUCCACAAAAUAAUUCACAUUUCCUGUUGCCGCAGGAUUAUUUUCCUGCUGUAGCAAACUGGCUCAAAUUAAGAUCCUGUAUUUUGGGAAAAUAAUCUGAUAUUUGAGUGUUCUCAGUUUAUUAGGUACACCCAUCUACUACCGGGUCGGACCCCUUUGCCUCCAGAACAGCCUGAAAUAUUUGGGGAAAUCUAGAAGGUGUCAGAAACGUUCCCCAGGGAUGUUGGUGGAUGCUGACGCAAUGGCAUUGCGCAGUUGCUGCAGAUUGGACGGCGGUACACUCAUGCUGCGAACAGACCGUUCCUUCUCAUCCCAAAGAUGCUCUAUUGGGUUGAGGUCUGGGGACUGCGCAGGCCACUCAAAUGAACUGAACUCGCUGUCAUAUUCCAGGCGAUGUUGUCCAGUGUUGGUGAUUGCUUGCCCACUAGAGACGCUUCUUGUUGUUUUUAGCUGAUAGGAUUGGAACCCGGUGUGGUCGUGGCUACAAUAGCCCAUCCGCGACAAGGAUCGUUGAGUUGUGCGUUCCGAGAUGCCAUUCUGCACACCACUGUUGUACUGCACCAUGAUUUGUCUGUUUGUGGUCCGUCUGUUAGCUUGCACUAAUUUUUCCAUUCUCUUUCGACCUCUUUCAUCAACAAGCUGUUUUCGCCCACAGGACUGCCGCUGACUGGAUGUUUUUUGUUUGUCGCACCAUUCUCUGUAAACCCUAGACACUGUUGUGCGUGAAAAGCCCAGGAGGGCAGCCGUUUCUGAGAUACUGGAUCCGGCGCGCCUGGUACCGAUGAUCAUACCACGCUCAAAAUCACUUAGGUCACUCGUUUUGCCCAUUCUAACGUUCAAUCGAACAGUAACUGAAUGCCUUGAUGCCUUUCUGUCUGCUUUAUAUAACAAGCCACGGCCACGUGACUCACUGUCUGUAGGAGCGAUCCAUUUUCAUGAACGGGGUGGUGUAUCUAAUAAAAAUAUGUUUGAUCAUUGUUACUUUCUGGGAAUCUUUCUAUAUAGCCCAGGGGCUGUUCAAAAUACUAAAAUCAGGACCAGAGAUAAAGUCAAUGUAUUUGUUAUAGUUGGGAUAAAUCAAAAUGGGAAUCUGCUGAAAUAAAUGGCCUAAUUGUUUUUGUUUAUAUGAUGAGAUGAACUACUGUAAGAUGGCCCUCGUUUUCAAUAUAUGAUUGUAUGUGUAUUAAUUGUAGCCAUGGUGUCUUACACAUGAAAACAUCUUUGUAUAUUUAAAGAUGGAAUCUGCAGUAGGGGGAAACAGCGACACUGUCCACCCCACGGGAGUUGUUAUGGUUUUUGUUUUGUAGACAAACUACAGGUGUGUCGCGCAUCAAGGUAAAUAAAAAAAGUGCAUUUCAUAUGCUGAUGUUCUAUCGCGCUUGCAAUGAUGUCCGAGGGGGGAAAAAACAGUGUUUGUUUGCAGUAACUUAUUUGUUGGUGUAAUAUCACAAACGGACGUGGUAGAUUCACCAUUAAGGAUUCCAGAUUUAAACUAACUUAUCCCACAUAUUGACUAAUGAAUGUGAUUAGCUAAGCUCCUGAAUGUGCACUGUCCUCUGCUAAAGAGGUGUGCUCUUUAACUCUGUCAAACUCAGGUGUAAAAGAGGAGCUUUUGACGUCAGAGGAAAAGCGCUUUCUAGUCUCUAAAUCCAAAUGGUGUGUGUGUGUGUGUGUAUGUAUUUGUGACAUUAUUCAUGACAUGAUUAAUGAAGGGGACUUUUUACACAACCAAUUUAAUCCUUGCCUAAUUCAUUGAUUCAUUUCUUCUUGGCCUGUCUGUCAGUUGAAAUCCCUUUUAAACCUACUUCAAACAAAUGGACGCUACCAAUUCUAUUAAAAUACUUUUUCACAGACAUUGCUCAGGCAUAGUCUGUGCCUCUAACUAGUGUUUUAUCCAAGUAUUGCUUCAUCACUCAGCUCUAAGUAUUUAGCGCCCUCUGCUGCCCCUACAUAGUAUUGCUCCAAAAUCCAUGGAUGCCGUUUUCAUAGAGGGUCAGAUCCUAAUCUCGCAUACCAAAAAUAUGAGUUCUUAAUGCAGAUGUCAGGUUAGGAUUGUUUUUACCUGAGAGAGUGCAUCAUCAGUUUGGUUCCUUUGGUUAAGUACAUUUUAUUGAUUGUUUAAUUUUAUUUGCAUUUUUAGAAAAUAUACUAAUUUCAGUCCUGUAAAAUAUGAAUUAAACAGAUUAAAUCUGCCAUUGUUCUAUUGACCAACUACUAGAUUACAGAAACAAUAAUGAUAAACAAUACACGUCAUUGCCAUCUUCUCAGUCUUCACUGUUAUCAUACACCAUAGGAAAAACAUCCUUACAACACACUCAUAUUCAUUUUAACCUUAUUGUAAAUAAAAACAUGAAUGUUACCUGUUACCAUGUAAUGAAUUGGUAAUAACAAUGGUUAGUGCAGAGUUUGUUCACUUAUAUUCAAUAUUUACAUAAUACUGGUUCAGAAUACAUAACAACUCAUUUUUACAGUAACAGUGUCACAGAUUGUCAAUAAAAGAGAGCGGAGGGAGAAUAAGAAAUAUGAUCUAAGAUUUUUGUACAACAAGAAGUGCAAGAACUAACAGGGCAUGAGAAUACCAGAGGGCCCUCAAAGACCUCUGUGUGUGUGUGUGUGUGUGUGUGUGGAUAAGAGCGUCUGCUAAAUGGCUGAAAUAUAAAUUAAAAAAUGUGUGUGUGUGUGUGUGUGUGUGUUUGUGUGUGCGUGUCCUCUGCAAAGGAAUGAAAGCAAGUGCAACUAAGUAUGAGGGAGGAAAAAAGCAGAGUGUACAUGCAUGUUUCGUAAAUUUGAAAUAAAUUAAUACUGUAUAACCACAGUUGGGUCUAUGGUGACCAAGUUCAUAAUUUCGCUGCUCUCUCUGUCUCUUUCCAUCUCUUCACUCUCCUCUCCCUCUAGUUGUCCAGAAUGUUGUCUUCGCCUCCUGUCCGUUGUUGUUAUGACGACGUCUUACCGUUGUCGUUGGCGGGCUCUGGACUCUCAGGACCUAGACAGAGACAGAUUUGAAUGUCAGAGUCCUUGUUUGGCCUCAUCUUGUCUGCCAUUAAGUAUUAGAAACGUCACUCUCACUCAUCUUCCCAAACAAUGCCUAGGACACAGUCAACUGGAUUUUAAUGGCCCAGCACAGUCCAGUGUUUUUUCUGACCAUGUGACACAUUGGGUAGACUGUCAAUGCCAUGUCAAUUCUCUCUUUCACCACUGAGUCCUGAAAUGGACUUUGAACACAUACACACAUACACACUUUCUGUACUUACAGUAUAGUAGCUUAUGAACAUUCACAUGCUUUCACAUACUCAUACAGUAUGACACAGAGAGGGGUCCAGAGAAGCAGAUACAUACAGACAGUCCUGGGGUAGUCCAGAGAUCUGUUUCUGUUCUGGGGGAGUCUGGGUUUUUUCACAGGGGGUUUGCGAUCUGAGGACCCUGUCUUCAGAUCGUUGGGGCUGUCCCGUUCCAUGCCUGAAGGGAAAUGAUAUGAGACAUACACACAGGGCCACACAGACAGUGACUGGUGACAGGGGCUAGUUGCAGUAAUGUAAGAGUCAUGAUAAGCAGAGCUCUAUUGGAAAGUCCAUGGCAGUGUGACGGACAGAGGAAUGGACAGAGUACCUAACAGACACAAUGAGUCAGCAUUCAAUGGCUGAAAUAGCAAGCAAAUAAAUGCAUCAAAUCACAAAUCGGAAUUCAAAAGAUAGUGUAAAACAAGGCACAUGCAUGCAGGGAUCUGUAGAGACAAACAUGUACAGUGCCUUUGGAAAGUAUUCAGACCACUUGACUUUCUCCAAAUUCUGUUACGUUACAGCCUUAUUCUAAAAUGGAUUAAAAAAACUUUAAAAAACAGCAAUAUACACACAAUACCCCAUAAUGACAAAGCAAAAAAAGUUUUUUAUAAAUUUUACCAAAUGUAUUAAAAAUAGAAAACAGAAAUAACUUAUUUACAUAAGUAUUCAGACCCUUUGCUAUGAGACUCGAAAUUGAGCUCAGGCGCAUCCUGUUUCCAUUGAUCAUCCUUGAGAUGUUUCUACAACUUGAUUAGAGUCCACCUGUGGUAAAUUCAAUUGAUUGGACAUGAUUUGGAAAGGCACACACAUGUCUAUAUAAGGUCCCACAGUUGACAGUGCAUGUCAGAGCAAAAACCAAGCCAUGAGGUCGAAGGACGUCCGUAAAACUCUCAUACCAUGAGAAACAAGAUUCUCUGGUCUGAUGAAACCAAGAUUGAACUCUUUGGCCUGAAUGCCAAGCAUCAUGUCUGGAGGAAACCAGGCACCGCUCAGCACCUGGCCAAUACCAUCCCUAUGGUGAAGCAUGGUGGUGGCAGCAUCAUGCUGUGGGGAUGUUAUUCAGCGGCAGGGACUGGGAGACUAGUCAGGAUCAAGGGAAAGAUGAACGGAGCAAAGUACAGAGAGAUCCUUGAUGAAAACCUGCUCCAGAGCGCUCAGGACCUCAGACUGGGGUGAAGGUUCACCUUUCAACAGGACAACGACCCUAAGCACACAGCCAAGACAACGCAGGAGUGGCUUUGGGACAAGUCUUUGAAUGUCCUUGAGUGGCCCAGCCAGAGAUCGGACUUGAACCCGAUCGAACAUCUCUGGAGAGACCUGAAAAUAGAUGUGCAGCAACGCUCCCUAUCUAACCUGACAGAGCUUGAGAGGAUCUGCAGAGAAGAAUGGGAGAAACUCGCCAAAUACAGGUGUGCCAAGCUUGUAGCGUCAUACCCAAGAAGACUCGAUGCUGUAAUCGCUGCCAAAGGUGCUUCAACAAAGUACUGAGUAAAGGGUCUGACUUAUGUGAAUGUGAUAUUUCAGUUUUUAAUUUUUGAUAAAUUAGCAAAAAUGUAUACAAAUCUGUUUUUGCUUUGUCAUUAUGGGGUAUUGUGUGUAGAUUGAUGAGGGGAAAAAAACAAUUUGAUCCAUUUUAGAAUAAGGCCGUAACGUAUCAAAAUGUGGAAAAAGUCAAGGGGUCUGAAUACUUUCCAAAGGCACUGUAUGUACAGCACACAUUCACACAUGCAGUGAACCCACACACGCUCACGCUCACACAUACCCAUGUCAAUUGUGUCUGCCUUCCUAUUGCGAUGCAGCUUCAGCGGAUAACCAUUUCUUCCUCCCUCCUCAUCUGAUUAAAUAGUCAACAUUUCAACCAGCCACCAUCAUCAUCAUCAUCAUCAUCAACAACAAUACUACAAUAUUCAUAGCCAUUGAUUAUUUUUGGGACUGCAUUCACAUGGUCCCCAUUACAUUUACAUUUACAUUUACGUCAUUUAGCAGACGCUCUUAUCCAGAGCGACUUACAAAUUGGAUUACAUUUAUAUUAACAUUUUAGUCAUUUAGCAGACGCUCUUUUCCAGAGCGUUAUCAAUUAUCACAACAAUGAAUCAUAAUUUCUUAAUAAAACCAUCUUCAGUGAUAUUACAUCAUAGUGGUACCUUGACAAUCAGCACGAUCAGGAGAUUCAAACACAGGCUUGGUAGAAGCAGGUGGCACAGGAGGAAUACUUUUCUUCUCAUUAGUCCCUUCAUCUUGACUGACAGGAGCAUUAGACAAAUCAAAAGAGGGCUUGGCAGAGGCAGGUGGAACAGGAGGCAUGGUUUUCUUCUCAUUGGUGGUUUCCUCAGGCGGAGUGACAGCAUGCAGUGUCUUUGGAGAGGUCUUAUCUUUACCGGGCUGUGGAGAGAGAUUGUAUGUAUUGUUAAGAGUAAUUGAGACAGACAGACUCACAAACAACGAUACAAGAAGGAAGGAAGGAAGGAAGGAAGGAAGGAAGGAAGGAAGGAAGGAAGGAAGGAAGGACAGACAGACAGACAGACAGACAGACAGACAGACAGACAGACAUACACACACACACACACACACACACCUACCUUUUCAGGAAUGGGGGGACGCUGCCCCUCUGCCCCUCUGUCUUUCUGUACACCCUCACGUCUCUUUUCAUUCUUCUCCUCUUCCACCCUGUCUCCCUCUAUCCAUCCUAUAUCAUCUGUUGAUUUCUCUACAAAGUAAAAGAGUGUGAAACAAAAGUUAAAUUGUAAUUCUAUAACAACUCCACAUCCAAGUUCUAGCACAUGCAGUACACAGAGCCAAAUACACCUUGUUAUUUAUGUUGCAGUACCGGAGCUUCCCUGCAGGUGUCUCUGUCUAAUGCUGGCCAGGCUGGGCUUGCUGCUUUGAGAAGGGGGUUCUGGUUUCUGUCCACAGUGGGCGCUCUCCUGCCUGUCCUCCAUGGACUCCGUCCCCUCUGUCCCCUUUGUCCCUCUGUCCACCUCCGUCUGUGUGUCUGUCUGAGCGCUGGGCAUCGGCAGGUCCUGACUGACUGGCUCUGUCUGUCUGUUAGUCUGUUUGUCAGUUUGUAUGUCAGCCUGUUUGUCUGUCAGAGAAGCGGAGGACAUCGCAUGUCCAUUGGCAUGGGUCUCUGUCUUGGUGUCUGAUGCAGUCUGUCUGUCCUUCUGUCUGUUUGUGUCUCUGCCCACUGGUCUGAUCUCAAAGCUACUGUCUGAGUCCUCAUCUUCUGCUGCGAUACAACUGUAUACCAUGCCGACCAGAUCUGAAGGCUGGAAGGUAGGAGAGAGACAGAGGGAAGAGCGUCGAUUGUAAGGCUCACAUUGUGUCGUAUAUGCAAUUAUUAUUAUUUUUACAGGGUGGGUCACCAUUGAGACCAGGGUCUCAUUUACAAGGGAGCCCUGCGAACAUGAACAUACAAAAUUUAAUACAUAUAAUGUAAGAUAAUAAUAUCAAUAUAAUACAAUGAAUACAACAAGAUUAAUCAAAACAAACACAACUCUCACAUAUCACCUCGCUUAAACUCGAUCUAAACUUCUGGCCCUAUUCAUGAGCCAGGGACAGACCUUCAGUGGUACGUUCCUACCUGUCUCUGUGUGAGGCUGUGGGGACUGGGCCUGGCCCCCCUCAUCCCAGGCAGUGGUGUGCCCUGGAUGGGCCUAGGGGACGGCAUCAUCCUCCCAUUUGCUCCCACCUCAAUGAUGGCCUCCCCCUUCCCAGGAUCCUUAGGAUGCUGAAUCAUAGAGUACACGUUCUCUGAGCCACUACUGAGAGAGAGAGAGAGAGAGAGAGAGAGAGAACGAGAGAGAGACUUAUUGUAAACUGAUAAACUGAUAAUAAACAAUUACUAAAUAUUUGUUGUUAACAAUUCAUGAACCAUUUAUAACAAGGACCUGUUAUCAUAUUUUAGUCAAUAAAUCAAUAAAAUGUGUGCAUGACUUUUCAUGACUCUCCGUACUCUGUUUCCUGAUUGGAGAUGGUGGAGUUGCGAUUCUUGCGGAACCCGGAGAAGAUUGACAGCACGCUGCGUCUCUUCUUCCUCCUCAGGGACUGAGCUUGAUGGAGUAGUGACAGCUGACUGGUGUGGAGAGAUAAAGAUAUGGGCAGCUGGGUCAGUGAGAGUUCGUGUGUGUGUGUGUGUGUAUAUGUGUGUGUGUGGGUGCGUGCGUGUGUGUGUGUGUGUGUGAGUUGUGCAUAGCCUACCUGUCAGGCAGGACUCUCUUGGUAUAGAAAUCAGGCAGUCCAUCCUCCAGCAUGUUGACUCCUCCGUUCUCUGAACAGUACUAAGAGGACAGAGAUAACAGGUUUACACUACAGCCACCAACACAAUGCUGCUGUCACACUGAAACUACUGCCGUGCUAUCAUGUACAAUUAUCAUGUAUCAUCUACAUGCACCCUAUCCCCUAUAUAAUGCACUACUUUUGACGAGGGCCCAUAGGGCUCUGGUCGAAAGAAGUGCACUAUAUAGGGAAAAGAGUGCAAUUUGGGACACUGCCGAGCAAUCUGAUAUGCUGCCAACAGAGAGAUGCCUUGGGACAUUGCAGAUUGGAGAACAUCAUAAACUAGUGAGUCAUGAGCUAAUACGAUAGAUUCACAGUCAUAAAGGAUCUUAUUUUUGGAAUGCCUCUGGCAUGAAAAACCAGGAUGACUAAAAUUCUAAAAUACAAAUAAAUGGUAUUAGAGAGGUGAAUAGAAAAUACAUGUAACUUUGUUUGACUCAGAGGUGUGGUCAACCCCUACCCCCUGGGUACUUAAGUAGAACUAAAAUGAUUGGAUAGGUAGUGUAUGUAUCACAUUUCACCAAGCCUAGUGGGUAAGUUGGAACUUUCAACAUUACAAGCUUUCAGAUGUGCUUAACCUUAGGGGCUAGGGGUUGAUUUGGGAUUGGGUCUGGCUAUUCUUAACAGGUAAGAGGCGACUCACUGUUUCCAGGGGGACUUGUCCUCGACAGUGCCUUCGUGGGGGCCGUGGCCUGACCUGUGUCACGUGGCGCAGUGGUGCACCCUGGGUAGGCAGGGUGGACAGACCCUCCCAUGAUGAUGAGCAGGAUAGGGGGGCAGAGUGAGACGGGGCAGAGGGAGGCGGGGAGGAGGUGGGAUCGUCUCCAAGACCUAAGGGAGGGAGAGGAGAUAAACGUUGGGUCAAAUUCAUGUUAAUCCACAUAAAAUGCCCUGCAUGAAAACCUUAUAAUUAAGGUAAGAUACUCAAUCUGGUUGACACUGGACGAAUCCUUCUGGUUCUGGAGCUACGUUUCUUGAUGGCGAUGGUGUCCUAGUAAGACACAGAGAGAGGAAAGGCAACAUGAUAGAGCAAUGGAAAAAUGCACUCAUACACACACACAUAUACACCUGCCCACACACUUACAAUGUUCAUGCCCAGGCCUUCCUCGUCGGGGAAGUCCAGUGAGUCUGUGAUUCUGAAGUUUCUGAUGGUGCGUCUGUCUGUCCCUGCGCCAUCCCAACGCUUCACCUGGGACACCUGACACAGCUAAGACAACAGAGAGAUUUACAAUACUAUAUACUGGUGGGAACUGGUCUGGUCUUAGACUAUGCUCACUAGUGUGAGAUAGUGGGAAGAUGAAACUGAGAUUGAACAAGUCACUUGUUCUAGAGGUACACAGAGGUCACAGAGGUACACAGAGGUACACAGAGGUACACAGUGCAUAGAGGUAAAGACACAUAGAGCACAGAUAGAGAGUAGUGUGUGUGUUAGUACCAGGGUUUUGUGAGUGGUGUAGAGCUUCUGAAGGAUCUGAUCCACUAUGGAGUUGGUCAGAUAGGAGACCACAGACAGCUUCACGUCCCUGAGAGAGAGAGAGAAGAGAGAGAGAGAGAGGAGAGAGCGAGAGCGCGCGCGAUCUGAUCGCUAUAUAGAGAGCUAUGAGAUAGAAGAUAGGAGAUAUAUAUAGCUGCUGUCGAGCGCUACUAUAUCGUUUGCUCUACUCUCUCGUGCGCUCUCUCUCUCUGCUCUGCUCUCUCUUCUUUCUCUCUCCUCUCUCUCCUCUAAUCUCUCGCUAGCGAGAUAUAAUAGCGACCACACAUUAGACCCAACCAAAUCAUGAGAAAACAAAAAGAUAAUUACUUGACACAUUGGAAAGAAUUUACAAAAAAAACACAGCAAACAAGAAUGCUAUUUGGCCCUAAACAGAGAGUUUUUUUUAAAACCUAUAUUUAACCAGUUAAGCCAGUUGAGAACAAGUUCUCAUUUACAACUGGGACCUGGCCAAGAUAAAGCAAAGCAAGUGGCAGAAUACCUGACCACUGUGACUGACCCAAAAUUAAGGAAAUAUUUGACUAUGUACAGACUCAGUGAGCAUAGCUUUGCUAUUGAGAAAGGCCGUCGAAGGCAGACCUGGCUCUCGAGAAGACAGGCUAUGUGCACAUCGCCCACAAAAUGAGAAACUGAACUUCCUAACCUCCUGCAAAAUGUAUGACCAUAUUAGAGACACAUAUUUCCCUCAGAUUACACAGACCGACAAAGAAUUCGAAAACAGAUCCAAUAUCUAUCGGAUGAAAUACCACGGUGUGCAAUCACAGCAGCAAGAUUUGUGACCUGUUGCGACAAGAAAAGGGCAACCAGUGAAGAACAAACACCAUUGUAAAUACAACCUAUGUUAUGUUUAUUUAUUUUCCCUUUUGUACUUUAACUAUUUGCACAUCAUUACAACACUGUAUAUAGACAUGAUAUGACAUUUGUUAUGUCUUUAUUCUUUUGGAACUUUUGUGAGUGUAAUGUUUACUGUUCAUUUUGUAUGGUUUAUUUCACUUUUGUUUAUGAUCUAUUUCACUUGCUUUGGCAAUGUAAACAUGUGUUUCCCAUGCCAAUAAAGCCCCUUAAAUUGAAAUUGAAUUGUGAGAGAGAGAAGGGGAGGUGGUGGGGGGGGGGGGGGGGGGAGUGAAUACUUCCUUCAUUCUCUAUUCACAUCCUUCUCUUUAGUCUAGACCCUUUUCAUCCCCUCCCUCUUUUCUUUCCUCCCCCUCUUACUCCAGGGCUCUGUUGACGUCCUGUGCUGCUCUCUCCAUCAGGGCGGUGCGGAUGGUGGAGCGAGGGAUGGAGACGCGUUCUGAGAUGGAGGAGAGCGGAGGGUUGAGUCGCUCAGCUGCGGAGGAGGACAUGGGACACAGCUCUCGACACAGAGACACCAUGGAGUCCACUAUCACCUGGGAAUUAUCAGUCAAUAAAGCCAUCAAU